ACCUUGGUUAAAUGUGUGUUAGGCCCAAGCAGUGGUCGGGCUCUCUGAGGGAUCUGAGGGGACUGUGGACUGUGUGGGUCUUGGAGCAGCUCCUUCAGCUUUGCUGGAAGACAACAGGCUGAAAAAUGAUUGGUGGGAAGAACAAAAUGGAGGAUGAGGCCGUGCUGGACCGAGGGGCGUCCUUUCUCAAGCACGUCUGUGAUGAGGAGGAGGUUGAAGGCCAUCACACAGUCUACAUCGGUGUGCACGUGCCCAAGAGCUACCGGCGUCGGAGGCGCCACCGCCGGCGUACCAGCCACAAGGACAGGAAGGAGAAAGUGACAGAGAAUGCCUCGGACAGGUCGGACGCUGAAAACACUGAGGAGGCCAGCAACAGCAUCCUCAAACCACUCAUUUCUCCGGCAGCUGAGCGCAUUCGUUUCAUCCUGGGUGAAGAGGAUGAUGGGCCAGCACCUCCGCAGCUCUUCACUGAGUUGGAUGAACUUCUGUCUGUGGACGGCCAGGAGAUGGAAUGGAAGGAGACAGCCAGGUGGAUCAAGUUUGAAGAAAAGGUGGAAAAAGGUGGGGAGCGAUGGAGCAAACCGCACGUAGCCACCCUUUCCUUGCACAGCCUCUUUGAACUCAGGACAUGUAUAGAGAAAGGCACCAUCUUGCUUGACCUGGAGGCCAACUCUCUGCUACAAAUAGUGGAGAUGAUCAUCGACAGUCAGAUCGAGAAUGGUCUGUUGAAGGCUGACCUGAAGGAUAUGGUCUUGUUCACCUUGCUGAGGAAGCAUCGUCAUCAGACCAAAAAAUCCAACCUGCGCACCCUGGCUGACAUUGGCAAAACGGUGUCAAGUGCAAGUAGGCUGUUUACCAACACGGAUACUGGUAAUACAGCUCGUAGUCCGCUCGAGACCUCAGUGCCUUGCCUAACAGCUCAAGCCUCUGAGGAGGAGCUGCAAGCCCCUGGAAGUCCGAGCAUGGGAUGGCUUAGUAGCCCCUCCACUCCUCAUCGGAACUUGACGUCAAGCAGCAUGAAUGACAUCUCUGACAAACCAGACAAAGAUCAGCUGAAGAACAAGUUCAUGAAGAAGCUGCCAAGAGAUGCAGAGGCCUCCAAUGUGCUGGUCGGCGAGGUGGACUUUCUGGACACUCCUUUUGUGGCCUUUGUGAGGCUGCAGCAGGCUGUUAUGCUUGGAGCUUUAACAGAAGUGCCAGUUCCAACCAGGUUCCUGUUCAUUCUCCUCGGGCCAAAAGGAAAAGGAAAGUCAUAUCAUGAAAUUGGGAGAGCAAUUGCCACCCUUAUGUCUGAUGAGGUCUUCCAUGACAUUGCAUACAAGGCCAAGGACAGACAAGACCUCCUUGCUGGUAUCGAUGAGUUCUUGGAUGAGGUCAUAGUUCUCCCUCCUGGUGAAUGGGACCCUGCCAUCAGGAUAGAACCUCCAAAGACUCUGCCAUCAUCUGACAAAAGGAAGAAUAUAUAUGCCGGAGGGGAAAACCCACAGAUGAACGGGGACACGCCUCACGAUGGAGGACAUGGAGGCGGGGGGCACGCAAUCGGGGACGAGCUGAAAAAGACGGGACGAUUCUGUGGAGGCCUUAUACUUGACAUCAAAAGGAAAGCCCCAUUCUUUGCCAGCGAUUUCUAUGACGCAAUACACAUCCAGUCUUUGUCUGCCAUUCUAUUCAUCUAUUUAGGAACAGUCACUAAUGCCAUCACGUUUGGAGGACUGCUUGGGGAUGCUACUGAAAACAUGCAGGGUGUGCUGGAGAGCUUUCUGGGCACAGCUGUUUCUGGGGCCGUCUUUUGCCUCUUGGCAGGGCAGCCUCUUACCAUCCUCAGUAGUACAGGACCUGUACUCGUCUUUGAGAGACUCCUCUUCAACUUUAGCAAGGACAACCAGUUUGACUACUUAGAGUUUCGACUGUGGAUCGGCUUGUGGUCGGCUUUCUUUUGCUUGGUCUUGGUGGCCACUGAUGCCAGCUUCUUGGUGAAGUACUUUACCCGCUUUACAGAAGAAGGUUUCUCUUCACUGAUCAGCUUCAUCUUCAUCUAUGACGCCUUCAAGAAAAUGAUAAAGCUGGCUCACUACUACCCCAUUAACUCAGACUACAAAGUUGACUACGUCACACAGUACGAAUGCAUGUGCAUGGCACCCACUUUAGUAAAUGGAUCGGAGAUGUACAACGAUCCAGUGGAUGGAUCAUCUUCCUGGUUCUACAACUACACCGAUCUACCCUUAAAUACUACCUGGUCCUCACUGUCGAAGAAGGAAUGUCUGAAGUACGGCGGCGAGUUGGUGGGCAAGGCGUGCGAAUACGUACCCGACAUCACCCUCAUGUCCUUCAUUCUGUUUUUUGGCACCUACACCUGCUCAAUGGUUCUGAAGAAGUUCAAGACCAGCCCAUUCUUCCCCACCACAGUGAGGAAGCUAAUCAGUGACUUUGCCAUUAUCUUGGCUAUCCUAAUCUUCUGCUGUGUCGACGCUUUGGUGGGAGUAGAUACACCCAAGCUUAUAGUGCCAACUGAAUUUAAGCCAACAAGUCCUCUGCGUGGCUGGUUUGUGCCACCGUUUGGGGGUAACCCCUGGUGGGUUUACCUGGCGUCGGCUCUUCCCGCUCUGCUGGUGACCAUCCUGCUUUUCAUGGACCAGCAGAUCACCGCCGUCAUCGUAAACCGCAAGGAGCACAAGCUUAAGAAAGGUGCAGGUUACCAUCUGGAUCUGUUCUGGGUGGCUAUCCUGAUGGCUGUGUGCUCCUUCAUGGGCCUGCCCUGGUAUGUAGCUGCUACCGUUAUAUCAAUAGCCCACAUUGACAGCUUGAAGAUGGAGACAGAAACCUCAGCUCCUGGAGAGCAGCCAAAAUUUUUGGGGGUCAGAGAGCAGAGAGUGACUGGUGUCUGUGUGUUCCUUCUUACGGGGCUGUCUGUCUUUAUGUCUCCCAUUCUUAAGUUCAUUCCCAUGCCUGUCCUCUAUGGAGUCUUCCUUUACAUGGGGGUUGCCUCGCUUAAUGGAGUCCAGUUCAUGGAUCGCUUACAACUGUUGCUCAUGCCGGCCAAGCACCAGCCAGAUCUGAUAUACCUGCGGCACGUGCCGCUACGCAAGGUUCACCUCUUCACCUUCAUUCAGCUGCUGUGCCUGGCCCUGCUCUGGAUCCUCAAGUCCACUGUGGCUGCCAUUAUCUUCCCAGUCAUGAUCCUGGCUUUGGUCGCUGUAAGGAAAGCCAUGGACUAUGCCUUUUCUCAGCAUGAACUCAGCUUCCUGGAUGAUGUUAUUCCAGAGAAAGACAAGAAGAAGAAGGAGGAUGAGAAGAAAAAGAAGAAGAAGAAAAGAGGAAGUUUAGACAGUGAUGUGGAAGAUGAGAGAAGGACCCUGCAUUUCUUGAACGAUAUACAUCAUGUUGAGAGCAUGGACCACUACCAGGACACCCCAAUGUCAAGUCCAGAGAGACUACCAUUAAAUGUGCCUCAGAUUAGAAUAGACAUGGACCCAGAUGACGAUGAAGACGAAAAUGGCGGCUUGUUCUGGAAGACUCGAGGGUCUGAGACGACAUUAUAGCCCCUCCUCGGUUCAUCCUUCCAGCCAAUCAGCAUCUCAUAGGAUUUCUAAUCAUUUCACGUAGUUUGUCUGUGAAACCUGAUGGCAUUAAUUGUCUUUUCUUUGGGAAAGCCAUCUCUUCAAGGGAUAUUAUUAAAGAACAUUCAUUCUGUGUCACGUCCAGUAACAGAAUGUCCAGGUUCUGGUGAAGUCUUCAUGGAUGCCAUUUAAAUCAUUUUCUUUGAUUUGUAUACAGAACAAAAUGUCACUUAUCGCUUGUCCAUCUCUGACCCGUCUUUAUUUCUGACUACUAUGCAAUUCAGUCUUCCAGAGAAAAUGCUGUAACUGUUUUUCACAACUCAUGGGGAGAAGACUGCCCCCCUCCAUCUCUGCACAUCUGUGUUGUUCCUCACCUGGUGUUUCUUUUCUUUUAAUUUGUUUUGUUUUUUAUAUAUAUAAGGAAUUACUGUAAUUGCAUUUUCCUGUAGCAGGAAAUAAUAUUUUGAUAUAUAUAUAUUUUUGUUUUGUAGCUCUACCUCUUAUUUUAGAUGGCAGGCAAUUAUGUAAAAAAAAAAUACAAAAACAAAAAAAGGGUGAUUUCUUUUUUUUUUUUCUCUGCAUGGAAUUUUAAUGUUAAUAUCUUGUCUGUCAAUUUAGUGUACCUCCUGAACAAACCACUAAAGAGAUAAGAUGUGUUAAUAAAACGCAGAACAAUAUUUGUAAUAUGAUAAUAAGUAAUACAAUAAUAUAUUGUUAUACAUAGUUGUUCUUAACUUGCUAGUAAUAUUUAAUGGAAUUGAUCCUGAUUAGCUUUACAAUCUUACAUGCAAUACAGUAUUAUGCUCAUUAUUUCUCUUCCUUCUCCAGCUAAAAAUGAAGAUGUCCAUAUUAUUGGAAUGUUAUUAUUAUUAUUAGGGUUGUAAUAAUAACUAAAUUUUAAACUCUAUAAUUACAAAUUAUAUAUAUAUGAAUUUUGCACUAUGGUUGCAUUAAUUUACUUAUAAGACAUGCUUUGUACGUGCUUUAGAUUUCUGCAACUACUUAUCACUGGUUAUCACUGCUCUUAAUAUUGUCCAGCUUUCCCCCUUAGAUCUGGUUAUCCUGCACAAAUAAAAUACCUACCUAAGUGACUUAACCAAGAACUGCAAUAAUAGGCCUGAUGUUCAUCACUGCUGUUUCGUUCUACUGUGUGCAUUAUUCCUACGAUAUCUCGUCACUGAGGUAAUGUUGUAAUGCUAUGCAGUGCUAAGUUGCUCACAAGCUUUAAUGACUUCUAGUACAGCAGUGAUGUUUCUAAACCAACACUGAAUAUGAUAAGAUCAGUGCAGCUGUAGAGAGAGACAGGUGUCAGUGUUAAAAUACCCACUAUAAGACGUGCAUGUCCUGUUCUUGGCCUACUGUAUAAGCAGCCCUACAGCCUUCCUCCUCUAUUACCCCCUAUUUACAUCCCAUGUAGGUCUUUUUCCAGAAAAAAAACAAAACAAACAAAAAAAAAAUCACUAGAUCUGUACGAAUGACACUAUACAGAUUUAAAUUUUUCAGAAUCAACUUGUUUUAACAGUGUAUAUGAAUGAAUUUUUAACUUAUAUUUUUCAACGUUGCCUAGAGCAAACCGAUGAGGAAUACUGAAGAAUGUUGCACAGGCAUGUUGGGGUAAAUUGUAGUUCAUUGAAACAUUGAAGUGAAGCUUAUAAUAAUGGUGAUAUAACAAUUUUAAAAACACAUUUCUUGUGACUUUUUAGAACACACAGCCAAUGUGAUUAUUUUAGAAUUUAUAUUUUUCAAAAGAAUUGAAUAAUAAAAAAAUAAACUGAAUUUAUUAAA